GAGAUAUGUCUAAAAUAGUGAAGUUACAUGAACGUAAAAAUUAAAUUACGACAAUUUUAAAGUGUAUAUAGUUAUUGGUUGUGACUAUAUUUGAUAAUUCAUUUAUAAUAUCUAUUAAGUAUUAAUAGAACAAACAGAUGGAGUCAACGGACGAAAAAUUUUCUGCUCAAUGGGCACUUGAUCUUCUUGAACCUUCACCAUUUGAUCUUUCAAAUAAUAUUUUGAAAUAUUAUCAAGUGCCCAUAUUUACAUUUACUUUUGGAACUGUAAUUCCAUUUGUGAAUAAGCUAAGAGGCUUACCUAUGAUGAUGAAUAAACCAUAUACUAUAUUCGGAGCAAUAUUGGGUACUUUUUGUGGAUACGUGGUCACGAAUAUAGCAGAAUAUAGAUUUGCAAGAAGAGAUGCAGAGAUGAGAGAAUAUAUAAAACAACAUCCAGAAUAUUUUCCUGAACCUGAAAAUAGGAAAUAUGCAGAUCUUUUUUUUCCAUGGCAUCCAUCACGUUAAAAGGUUGACUUUUCUGAAGUAAUAUAAUGUUUUAUAGCAAU